GAGCAGAAAGAACGCUCGGACAGCAUCUAUAGCUACUGUCUGUGGGAAGUUUUAAACCAAUGCCUGUGUAGCCGAAUGUUCAUCUCAGUCUUUUCACUAGCCGUGCAUUUGGAUCAAGAUACCUUUAGGACUAUCUUUGCCAUACAGUUUGCUGCUGUGAUUUAAUCUGGACACGGCUGAAAGUUUGAUUUUCAAAUGCGAAAAGUAGAUGAGCAGGCUGCGCCAUAAGAAUCCUGACCUAAAGAGCCUGUCACCUGAGGUGCAUUCUUCAGAUAAGCCAUGGGGGGUUGUUGGAGAUGGUGUCAACGGAGCUGUGUGUGUUUCCUCACCGAAGAGGAAAGACGGGCCAUCUUUAUAGACAUGGAAAUUCAAAAAAUCCUCAAAGACCAGAAAAAGCAAGAACGCAAAGAAAUAAAAGUACUACUUCUUGGGACUGGAGAAAGUGGCAAAACAACAUUCAUCAAACAAAUGAGAAUCAUCCAUGGCAAGGGCUACUCUGAGGAGGACAGACGAGCAUUUGCUAAGUUGGUUUUUCAGAAUGUUUUCACAGCUGUAAAGGCCAUGACUGGAGCCAUGACUGCACUCAGGAUUCCCUAUGCAAACCCACAGAAUGCGAUGUAUGCUAAGUGGGUACAAGAUGUGGACAUCAGACAGGUCACUCAGUUAGACAGAGGUUAUGUGGAUGCUAUUCAGCAUCUGUGGGCAGACACUGGAUUCAGGGUCUGCUAUAGUCGCCGUCGUGAGUACCAGCUUCUGGACUCCACUGAAUACUUCAUGACAAAUCUUGAGCGUAUAGCUGGCCCUGACUACAUCCCUACUGCUCAAGAUGUCCUUCGGGUCAGAGUGCCCACUACGGGCAUCAAUGAUUAUUCCUUUAGUGUUGAGAGGAUAACACUCAGGAUUGUGGAUGUGGGUGGACAGAAGUCGGAGCGACGUAAGUGGAUCCAUUGCUUUGAGAAUGUGACGUCCCUCAUAUUUUUGGCCUCCCUCAGCGAGUAUGACCAGCGGUUGGAGGAAAAUGAUAUAGAUAACCGCAUGGAGGAGAGCAUGACCCUGUUUUACACCACCAUCCACUCGCCCUGGUUCAUCAGUGCCUCCAUUAUACUCUUUCUCAACAAGAAGGACAUCCUGGCCGAAAAAAUCCAGACUUCUGACCUACAAACAUACUUUCCAGGGUUUACAGGAAGGAGACGUGAUGCUCAGGCAGCCAUGGACUACAUCUGCGGGAUGUAUAAGCAGCAGGGCAACAGCCGAGAAGACAAGAAGGAACGCAAAAACAUCUAUUCCCACUUCACCUGUGCCACAGACACUAACAACAUCCGUAUGGUGUUCAACGAUGUGAAGGACACAGUGCUGAUCAAAUCAUUGGCUGAAUAUGGGGUCAUUUGAGGGCUGGGACUUGAGUGUGAAUGUCUAUUUCUUUUAUUCUAAAACCACUUUCCCUGUUUUCCUGUUUUCAUACACUGGAUAUAGAUUUAAUUAGACAAAGCAUAUAUAUAUAUAUAUUGUCUAAUUUGUCAGUGAGCCAACCAAAAUAGUAAUUGUGCAAACAUACAAACUGAACUGAGGCAAUGGAUGUUUGACACAAAACUUCUAAUGAAUUCAUUACUUUGUUUCACUAGGGAGCCCCUAUUUUUUUCUUUCUUUUUUUAUGUUACUGGUGUGCAUAAGAAAGUGUCUGGUAAUCACUGGAAAAGUUUUUUAAUGUUUUGCCUAUGACCUCUUAGGGGCUCUGAGUUUUUGGUGAGCACGAGAAAAUUCUGGUGCGCAUGUGAAAGAAACUGGAAAACAUUUUUUGCACAUGCCCCUUCAGGGGCGCUGUAGUUUCAGACAAAACGGCUCAAGUAUUUAAUUCAGUUUUGCAAAGCUGCACAUUUUGAACAUUGCAUAUUAUAAUUAUCAGGAAAUCUACCUGCUUUUUUGGUCACCAAAAAAACAAAAAAUCAAUGCUAUUGUCAUACAGUUCCUAAACUGAACCUGUUGUAGUGCCUUCCAUUGCACUAGGCUACAAUAUAAUAUUUUUUUCCUUGGAUUUUUAGAAUCAAAUAAAUAUUUGGAUAACAUUAUGUGCUACAAAGGUAACAUGAAUGUAUAGGGCCCUCAUUUAAAUGACAGUUGAAGUGCAAAGUCAGCCAAUGAGUCAAGUAUCUCAUGCAUGGACUAAAGCUAUUGUGUGGAAUGUCUUGAGCAUUUUUUGCAUAGGGCCUUGCUCAUGAUAUUAAAGGGGAACUUGGCAACUAUUUCAAUGUAAUAAACCCGUUUAGAAAUCA